AGACACGUAAGCAACAAAUGCAAAACGAAAAGACGAAAGGAGAAUAAGCCGUUGCGUUUCCCUCCACACGUUCCCACUGCCUUAUCUCCGAGCUAGUAGUCUCCGAUUUCCCCUUUUAAUUUAACACUCCAAAUUAAACAACCACUCACAUUAUCACUGCCACCAUUCACUUUUCCAGUAAUCACCAUGUUCACGGCUAGCAAAGUAGCUUUCACAUUAACACCCCCUCGUCCCUGCACUGCACCCACCCCAACACCCUUCAUUCCCAACUCUUCUUCUCUUUCUCGUCCUCACUUCAUUUCCCGCCACUUAUGUCUUCGCCGCCGGCUUUUCCUACUUUCCCCUAAGGCCACCGCCGAUCAACAAGGGAAGGUUGAAGAUUUUGAUGGAGAUGCUGUUGUUGAUAGUAAUGUUCUCCCUUAUUGUAGCAUAGAUAAAAAAGAGAAGAAAUCAGUUGGUGAACUUGAGCAAGAUUUUCUUCAAGCACUCCAAUCAUUCUAUUAUGAGGGAAAGGCUAUCAUGUCAAAUGAAGAAUUUGAUAAUCUCAAGGAAGAACUCAUGUGGGAAGGAAGCAGCGUUGUCAUGCUAAGUUCGGAUGAACAAAAGUUUCUUGAAGCUUCUAUAGCUUAUGUAUCUGGAAACCCAAUUCUGAAUGACAAACAGUAUGAUGAGUUGAAACUGAGGCUAAAGAGGGAAGGGAGUGAAAUAGUUGUUGAGGGUCCAAGGUGCAGUCUUCGAAGUAAAAAGGUUUACAGUGACCUUUCUGUUGACUAUCUAAAGAUGUUCCUGCUGAACGCCCCAGCCACUGUGAUUGCAUUAGGAUUGUUCUUCUUCCUCGAUGAUCUGACUGGAUUUGAGAUCACUUACUUGCUAGAGCUGCCGGAGCCUUUUAGUUUCAUUUUCACCUGGUUUGCUGCUGUUCCCCUCAUUGUAUAUCUAGCUCAAUCACUAACAAAUGCCAUUAUAAAAGAUUUUGUGAUUUUGAAGGGUCCCUGUCCGAACUGUGGAACUGAGAAUACCUCCUUCUUUGGAACUAUACUGUCAAUUUCAAGUGGUGGUUCCAACAACAAAGUAAAAUGCUCUGACUGCGGAACUGAAAUGGUCUAUGAUUCUUCUACAAGAUUGAUUACAUUGCCAGAAGGAAGCAAUGCCUAAGUGGAGGUAUUCCUGGAACCAUAUUCAUUGUUCCAGCAAUGGAAGAAGCUCAGUAAUAGGAGUUACUGUGAAAAAUGACAAAUUUAUCAAUCAGCAACGUGCUGUAUUAUGUGUCAUGUUAUCAGUGUCACACAUAAUGUGUGUGAUCUCAAACGUUUGAAUGUGUCCCUAUCCUACUUGUAAGUAUAUGGGCUUUGUAUACUUGUAAGUAAUAUGGACUCUGUAUAGCAUACACUGCAUUGUUUACUGAAAGAAUUAUGAGGGUGCUUAACACCAUCGAUGAGUCUAACCUUAAAUAAUGUGUGAAAGGAGUUUUGUUACACGUUUUUAAA